AUGUUAGUAAAAAAUCCCAGGACAAAUCCAUCAGAACAAUUGAAACGUAUUGAACAAAUAUCUCGACGAACACGUCAUCAUCAAAUAUAUUUAAAUAAAAUGUAUGAUGAAAAAUUACAUCAAAAUUUAAAUAAUUUGUAUGAUGAAUAUGAACGAACUUGUAAACGUUUAAAAAUAGAUCAAAAACUUGAACGACAACGAAAACAACUACUUGAUAUUACUAUUAAUCAUAUUGCACAUGAACGACAACAUCAUUCAUUAUCAACAAACACAACGCAAAUCGAACAAAAAAAACCUCGAAUACUUCUGAAUGACAAUGGUAUAGAAAACUACACUUAUAAUCCGAAUCAAUAG